CUGUCAUAGACAAUUAAAAAAGUAAAACAUUUCAUGUCAACAUGUCGGACAAUGACGACUUGCUAGGCGAUGAUUUGGGUGACCAGAGCCUUGCGGACUACAACCUCGGCAAUGAGGAAGAAGAGCAGCUAUUGGCUGAUGACUACGACGGCGGCGCGAGCCAGAAUGUUCCACCUUCCGUCGGGGUGGCCUAUGGAGAACCUGCACAAAUGGUUGGGAACGACUAUUCCGGCAUUGACUAUGGGAGCCAGCCAGAGCCAUACAUAGCAGCGGACACAGAGUGUGUAGUCCCCAACAUCACAGUAGAAGUGCCGAACAUCCCGGCGGCUCCACCGAUCACCACUCCGCUACCAGAACAUUCCACGUAUGCCCCAUACGAACCAACCAGAUAUGAGGUGGAGAAUGCCGUUGUGCCGCCUGCUAUUCCAGCAGCUCCAAUGGAAUCUCCUCAGAUUGUGCCAUCAGAAAUGCAUUUACCACCAGUUAACAACGGUGAAGUGGGCCCUCCUCGCGAGCGGUUCCCGUCAGAGCGGCCUCCCAACCAGCGGACGCCGCAAGUCAGAGACAUACCCGAUACACUCGACAAAGUCUACGUCCCUAGCGGAGCCCCGGGCCGUGGUCGUACGUCGUGGCGCAACCCGCAAUACAACGCGAGGCAUCACCAGCAGCACCCGUACCGACGGAAUAACGUGCCCAGGGGCAACUUCAACCCGCGCCAAUCAUUCCCCCCUCCGCAGCAGAUGCAGCAAGAACCGCCGCAAAUUGCACCGGAAAUGCCCCCGAGGCCGCAAAUGCCCCCGAGGCCACAAAUGCCCCCACGGCCGCAAAUGCCCCAAGAAAGGCCGAACUUGCCCCACCCGCAAUACCGCCCCGAACGACCAAUGUUCCCGCCAAACCAACGUUUCAACCAGCCCAACUUUGGACCAAACAUUCGACCGAUGCCAUACCAAUUUCGACCACAGUUCAACAGACCUUUUGGUCCGAAUAUGAGAGAGAUUGGGCCAAAUAACCACCACAUGCCUCAAGUGACGAUAAGACAGCCGCUACCUCCUAACCCUAUGGGUCCGAAAAUGGAUGAGUUUCCGGGCAAAAUGUUGCCGUUGCCAGGCAGAGAACCGGAGGUCAGAAUGUUGCCGGUGCAAUUGCCAAAUAAUUUGCCCCCUGGAGGGCUGGCUGGGAAGAAAGUACUGAUUAACCCCCAUUUUAAGGGGAACUUCCAACCACCAGUUGAAGGUCUAACCUACAUUCCGACCAGAAUUCCGAAGUCUCCACCGAUAGAUCCCACUUUGGAGAACAAAUUCGGUCCUGUAAAAGACAUAGACGACGCGGCCGAGCGAUUUAUUGCAGAGCAAAGGAAUGCUCUUGCGCGCGCCGCCGCCCGCGCCCAGAGGAAAUCUCCACAGAGAUUCAUAGAGAACACGACCAUAGAGAUAGCGAACGAGCUCGCGUCCACCCGAGACGACGACUUGCUCCGGAGACAGGAGGCGUUCAUCAACGCCAACAGAGCCGGCCUGAGGAGACGUAUGCGAACCCCGUCGCCCCCGCGUCGCUCGCCGUCGCCGCCGCGCCGCCGCUCGCCGCCGCCGCGACACAAUAACCCGCCCGAUGAGGAAUCAGAAUACCGUCGUCGCGUGCGUGAGCAAGAGAGCCUUCGAGAAAGAGUCUUAAGAGCCAAGGAGGUGCGGAGACGGAAGAACGCCGUCACACUGCAGAAACAACUGCAGGAGAGACAACGCCUAGAGAAAGAGCCUACAAAACCCGACUCAGAACCCCCAAAACCGACCGACGCAGCUCUAGACAAGGACAGAAAACCCGAGCCGCUCCGGACAGACAAGGACAGGAAGCCCGAAGUUAUACGAACUGUUCCGAAGUCUCCCGAAAGAGUUAAGUCGCCGCCGCGACCCGCGUAUGAAGAUCUUACGCCGCCUAGAGAAGCUAGUCCGGUUAAGGAGCCGCAACAAAAGUCCCCUGAACGCAACAUGACGCCCCCCCUCCCGCCCCCCUCGGCGCGCGCCGUCGACCGCGCCGCCGACAUAGACCUGGAGAUAGACGACCUGGAUCUGAUCCUGGGCGAUAUCGAUGGGAUCCUGUCUGAUGAUGAAGAUGUGGGGCGGAGCAAGGGAGCCAGCAAACAAGCGGACCCGCCCAAGCCCAAGACCGACCUGCGCAGCCGCCUGCCGCCCAAGCCCAGCGCCCAGGAUGUGCGCCCGCCCAAGCAGAGGAUCGUGUUCAAUGAGGACAGGGAUGAGAAGACGAGGAGAGAUAAAUCACCUCCUGCUAAAAAAGUCGCGGUUGAGAAAACCUCGCCUCCCGUUGAAAACAACGAAAAUGUGGAAAAGAAGCAGGCCAAGGCUAAACAAGACACCGAUACACUGUCUUGGAAAAUGCGUCAGCGAAUCACCUACGAGAAUAAACAGAAAGAGCCAGAAAAGGAGGAGAAACUGGAUGACGCAAAGAAACCGCAACCGUUCCUGAACCGUCGCGUCGUGCUCCAGCGCAAGGCGCCCACUCCCACCAAACUGGACAAACCGGACAAAUCCGUGUUCUCCCGGAUAGAGAUCAAGACGGACCCGACCAAGCCCAACCCGGGGAUAUUCAGCCGGGCAGUCCGCACUGCCAUCGGGACGGACAAAUCAAGGAUCGUUCUCAAAAAGCAAGAAGAACCCCAAGUGGAAUAUGAGUCUGAAUCCGAUGUGGAUGAAGAGAAACUGCUCAGCGAAGAAGUUGGGAUGGUAGCGGUGGUGGUGAACCUUCCGCAUGGCAUGACCGAUACCAGGCUGAAGACGCUGGCUGGCAGCGAUGUGCAGAAUUUAAGUUUGGAUAAAGAAGAGAGAAGUGCAAGGAUCACGUUCAAAACUACAGUCGCAGCUGAAAGCUUCAGGAAGAAAUUCAACAAUAAAAUGGUAGCUGCGAGCCGUCUCACCGUCACGUUAAAAUAACUGCCUAAAUGUUACGCUGAGAAUAUAUUUUUUGUGUUACAUUGUGUUAGAAUUGCGUACAUGUUACUGUGAGAAC